UUUUUUUGAGGUAUAUCAUGUGCAGUAUUCGGCUGUUCUCUUGUUGAAAAUAAAAGAUCUUUUUUGUAAAAUAUAUUUAAUUUAGCAAUCACUAUGGCAAGAACUAAAUCAAAACAACAAUCGAACGACACAAAGGACUUCAGCUCAUUCAAAACAGUCAUGCUUUAUUGCUCGUUCAUAGUAAUAUUUCCAAUUUUCACUUUCUUUUUCAUGAAAUCGUUAGUUCUUGAUAAUUUAUUUGUUAUGGAAGAAGUUAAAAGCAAUAUCUACUCGGCUGUUGGAGCAGUUGUUGCCCUACACGUAGGAUUAGGCUUGUACAUUUACAGGGCGUACUUUGUGACUACGAGUCCUGAAAAGGAUGAUUAGUGGCUUAGGAAUAUAAUAAGAACCUAUAAAAAAAAAUUCCAGAUAAUGUAAACUAAGUAUUUUUAUUUGCAUCAAAAUAAAUGUUAAAUUCUUAAGUUCA